AUGUCGCCCAUGCAAACUGCUACCCGUACCCCAUCUUCCGAGAGUGAGAAUCGCCGUGAUCCCGGCCCCAUGGACGGACGUCACCCCUUCCCGCUGGCGGACCCGCCUAGGGCGGGGCUCUCGGACUCCCUUCUGAUCGAUCCUCGAACAGGAAGAGAAGGGGGUGGGAGGGGGGAACAUGGGAAGGCCCGCUGCAGCCCUGGUGACUUUUGUUUUGACGAGACUGGUAAAGUCGAUACGACGAGACAAGGGGAUGAAGCAAGCCCAGAUGUAGUGCUCGUGUACACAACACUCGGCUUGCUUCUUUUUAGAUACGUGCGUGCGUGGUACCUACCUUACAUGUAUUCUUACAUGGCGCGCCUGUUCUUGUUCGAUGGCAUUCGGUAUACUGGUGCUUGCUUGAGACGGUUGGUCGAUCUGACCAAAAGAGGAAUAAUUGCGACCCGGCUUGCAUAA